CUUUUGGUUGUGUCAUGCUUCAAGUGAAUUCUCUCUGGUCGGCACCCUUGGUCCGAGAUCAUCUCUGAAAGACCUGAAUUGCGUAUCGUUGUUAUGAUAUACGAAGGUCACGGACCACAGCGCCCCGACGGCCAUCCUGCAAUAACAGACUCAGAUUGGGACAUUAUACAAAGGUGUCUGUUACGCAAGCCCAAACUUCGACCUUCAGCAAACAAAGUACUCGAUUUACUUUGCCCACGUACGAGGCCACCAAACUUCGUUAUCUUCGGCGAGAUGGGCGUCGGCAAGAGCUCAUUGGUAAAUCUCAUUGCUGGGGACCAACUUGCCGAGUCCUCGUCCGGCGCUCAGUCCUGUACAUUCGAAACAACCGAGUAUCCCAUCACAUUUUCGGAUUGCCAGCUUAAUGUAAAUCUAUUUGAUACAGUGGGCUUGGACAGCCCCACUAUGAAUAACGCGGGGUAUUUAGAUGCCCUGGUGAAGGCACAUGAGCUCAUCAUCUCGCUGAAGAACCGAGGAGGUAUACAUGGCUUGCUUUUCUGCAUCAAGGCUGGCAGAGUGUCGAACACCAUGCAACAGAACUACAGAUUAUUCUUCGAGUUCCUAUGUCAGGAACAAGUGCCCCUCGCUCUGGUCAUCACCAAUCUUGAGAAUGAGGAGAAUAUGGACGACUGGUGGACGAGGAACAGGGCACAUAUCGAAAAUUCGGGCAUUGUCCCCGUCACGCAUGUCUGCAUCACAACCAUUAAGGGCUACCAAAACGCAUACGAAGUCAGAUACUUCGAAUCCAGGAAAAAGGUGCUAAAUAUGCUUAAGGAACUUGGAGGUCGUGACACGUGCUUGGUAGACGUGAAUGAUAGGUUUGCACGGAUGUCUAAGAGGCUGCGGGAGUUUUUGAUUCCAGGCAGGGGGUUCCGGUCAGGGGCGAAUCGCGAUAAGAUGGUAUAGAUGCUUACGCAGACGCGAUGCAUCUUCUUCGAAGGAUUGACGCGGGUGAGGAGAACUGGUAACUCGCCUAAUUUACAGAACG